CCAUCUGGAGGCUGCCGAACAACAUGGCCAGCGCGCUCGAUUAUACGCUCCCGGUCGGCGCGCACGGAACGGGCGCGGCCGACCGCCUGGCGCCGCAGCUGCUGGACGCGGCGCCGAUGCUGCCUGACCCGAGCGAGCGCUGCCCCGGCGUCGAGAAGCAUGUGCGGAUGCUGCACGGCACGACGACGCUCGCCUUCAAGUACCAGGGCGGGGUGGUGGUCGCCGUCGACUCGCGCGCGUCGGCGGGCGCGUACAUCGCGUCGCAGACCGUGAAGAAGGUCAUCGAGAUCAACCCCUUCCUGCUCGGCACCAUGGCCGGCGGCGCGGCAGACUGCUCCUACUGGGAGCGCUACCUCGGCAUGCGCUGCCGCAUGUUUGAGCUGGACCAGAAGAAGCGCAUCUCGGUGGCCGCCGCCUCCAAGAUCCUCUCCAACAUCACGCACUCGUACAAGGGGUACGGCCUCUCGAUGGGCACGAUGAUUUGCGGCUGGGACGAGUCGGGCCCACAGAUUUACUACGUCGACUCGGACGGCGACCGGCUGCACCACCACCUCUUCUCGGUGGGGUCGGGGUCGACGUUUGCGUAUGGCGUGCUGGACACGGGCUACCGGUACGACCUGACCAAGGACGAGGCGCUCGCCCUGGCCCAGCGCUCCAUCUUCGCGGCCACCUACCGCGACGCCUACUCUGGUGGCACGGUGCGGGUAUACCACAUCGACCAGAAGGGCUGGCAGCGCAUGUCCGAGACCGACUCGAUGGAGCUGUACUUUAAGUUCAGGCAGGAAAAGGCGUGAGCAAGGCGAGGCGAGGCGAGGGGCGGCGGGAGGGGGCAGCGCUCGUCUCCGGACUCCGCACAUGCGGGCGGGCGCGCCCGCGCGCGCGCGCCGGGAAAGCGAAACCCAACAGGGGCAGCCGCGCUGGAAUUGCCCGGGCUGCAUAAAAUAUGUUUGACAGCCCCUUGGAGUGUGUCUCACAAGGCGCCGUAGAUGUGCGCUCUACUAGUGUGAGACAGCAGGUCUGCCGCCUGUGGCCUGAAAUUCAACGGUCAGACACAGAUAUAAU